GGGAUGAUCUAUAUAGAUACUGAUCUAGUUAUCAGUAUUGGGAAACAUUUGAUUUGAUCAAAUGGAGUUAUUUUCACUAUGGACCAAAGCUAUUUUCAUCAACUUGGCUUUUGCUCUUUAUUCCGAAACCGCUCUCUCAAAAUCUUCCGCAUUCGGAAUGCAAAUAGACUGUCAACCAUAUGCAAAUAUUCAUGACAUGUGUACCAAAGAGUAUUAUCCAAUCUGUGCAACUAAUGGAAAAACUUAUUGCAAUAAAUGUAUCUUCUGCAAUGCACUGAGGUAAGAAUGCAGCAAUUUGAUAAAAAUGUCUUCUUCUUCAUUGUGGAUCAAAAUCGUUUUCAUUCUGGCCUUGGUGUUUCCUCUUUAUUAUGAAACUACUUUUGCGUUUUCAACAGAAGUCCGUCGUAAGCCUGACUGUGAAAUGUACAGAAAAGUCCCAAAUAGGUGUACCAGGGAGAAGAAUCCAGUUUGUGGGACUAACGGACAUACUUAUAGCAAUGAAUGUGUUUUCUGCAAUGCCAUGAUAGCCGCUGUAGAAAAAUUUGAUUAUCUGCACCAUGGUCCUUGUUGAAUUUAUAUGGGUUGCACAUACAUCAUCCUUUUUCAUAGUGGAUCCUGCAAUCAAGUAAAAUUUUCUCAAUUGGUGCUUCAGAUUCCUAGCAACAAAUGAAGUCUUUGUUGGUUCAUAGAGUGGAAUAUAGCGUAUUAAAGAAUUUCUCCAACCUGUGAUUGAAGGAUUUUAUUUCAGUUGUUUGACAAUAGUGUUAAAAACUGUUACCUUAAUUUUGUGUUUGAUAAU